AUGCGACUCAAGAUGGGGAGAUUCAGUGUAAGCCUGAAGAGAAGAGAGUGUGACCCAGAAAGACGGAGGAGCCUCUCCCCAGGGACUUGGAGGGGAGAGCUCAAAGUGUCUUCUCUUUACCCUGGCUGGCCAGAAUGGAAAUGCAGUCUGGGGAAAAAGGGUGGCGAGCUCAAAGGGAACAACCUGGAAGCCUUUGUGGAUUUCUUACAGUUGGACGCUAUAGUACUGGAGGGGGAGGGGAAUGGAGCCAAGGUGCUUAGAGAAGAUAAUUCUGACUCUUUAAUCAUUUGGCCUGGGAAGAAGACCCUGGUUUCCCCUUUCCACCUCAAUGCCCAGCAUGUCCUCAUGGGCUCUUGCAGCCCGAAGGCUGUGCAUGAGGUGCAGAAGGAGGGCAUGUUAAAGCAAGCAGGUUGCUCCCUUAAAUGGGAGCGCAUGGAGUUAUUGGAAGAAGCCAGGAAGAUGGAAAUGGCAAAGUUUCGUUACAUACUUCCUGUUUACGGCAUCUGUAAAGAGCCGGUUGGCUUGGUCAUGGAAUACAUGGAAACGGGGUCUCUGGAAAAGCUCCUGGCUUCUGAACCCCUGCCCUGGGAAUUGCGCUUCCGCAUCAUCCACGAGACAGCUGUGGGGAUGAACUUCCUGCACUGCAUGUCCCCUCCGCUGCUCCACCUGGACCUCAAGCCUGCAAACAUCCUGCUUGAUGCCCACUACCAUGUCAAGAUUUCUGACUUUGGACUUGCAAAGUGCAAUGGCUUGUCUCAUUCCCAUGACAUCAGCAUGGACGGCUUGUGUGGCACAAUUGCAUAUCUUCCUCCAGAGCGCAUCAAAGAGAAAAACAGGUGUUUUGACACCAAACAUGAUGUAUACAGUUUUUCCAUUGUGGUUUGGGGAGUUCUUACACAGAAAAAGCCUUUUGCAGAGGAAAACAACAUUUUACAUAUUAUGGUAAAAGUAGUUAAAGGCCACCGCCCAGAGCUACCUGCUGUUUCCAAAUCCAGACCUCAUUCAUGUAAUAACUUGAUCAAACUGAUGCAAAAAUGUUGGCAGGAUGAUCCUGGUGAACGGCCAACAUUUCAAGAAAUCACUUCAGAAACAGAGGCCCUUUGUGAAAAACCAGAAGAUGAAACAAGAGAGAUGAUAACUCAGGACCUGGACACCAAGAAUUCCCCAGAGCAGCAGCCUGAGGGGCUGUCUGCAUUAUCCCAGCCAAAACAGGAGCCUGCUCUUCCAUCAGUUAAGGAUUACAGUCUCUCAGAGUUGUUGUCCCAGUUGGAUUCGGGGAUUUCACAGACCAUGGAAGGCCCUGAGGAUCUCAGCCGCAGCUCUUCUGAGUCCAAACUUGCCUCCAGCGACAAGCGGCUUUCAGGAGUUUCAUCUGUAGAUUCAGCUUUUUCAUCCAGGGGUUCCCUUUCCCUUUCCUUUGAAAGGGAGAGUUCAGAUAUUGGUACUACAGACAUACAGAAGAGGAAGCUAACAGAGGCCAUUUUGUCUGGAGAUACCAGCAAGCUGAUGAAGAUCCUCCAGCCUCAAGAUGUUGAUAUUGUCUUAGAUGGGAACUCCAGUCUUUUGCACUUGGCUGUUGAAGCUGGUCAAGAAGAAUGUGUCAAAUGGCUCCUCCUGUACAAUGCUAACCCUAACCUCACCAACAAGAAAGGAUCCACCCCUCUUCACAUAGCCAUUGAGAAGAAAGUUAAAAGCAUUGUGGAGCUGAUAAUGGCUAGGAAAAUCAAUGUUAAUGCCAAAGAUGAGGAUCAGUGGACUGCUCUUCACUUUGCUGCCCAAAACGGGGAUGAUUUCAGCACCAAAAUGCUGCUUGAUAAGAAUGCGUCUUUAAAUGAGGUGGAUUUUGAAGGCAGAGCCCCCAUCCACAUAGCCUGUCAGUACGGCCAAGAGAAUAUUGUGCGGAUCCUGUUGAGAAGAGGCGUUAAUGUGAACAUCAAAGGAAAGGAUGACUGGGUGCCACUGCACUAUGCUGCCUGGCAAGGUCAUCUCCCCAUCGUAAAGCUUCUGGCCAAACAGCGGGGUGCAAACGUGAACGUGCAGACCGUGGAUGGAAGGACCUCGCUGCACUUGGCUGCUCAACGAGGACACUACCGUGUCGCUCGCCUUCUCAUAGACCUGGAGUCGGAUGUUAACAUACAGAACACGCUCUUGCAGACUGCUCUCCACAUAGCAGCUGAAACUGGCCACACAAGCACAUCGAGGCUGCUCCUUAAACACGGUGUAGACAUUGAGGCAGCAACAGCAGAAGGAUACACUGCUCUGCACUUGGCAUCUCGCAGCGGCCAUUUAGCAACAACGAAGUUGCUGAUAGAUGAAAGGGCCAGUGUUCUAGCCAGAGGCCCUUUAAAUAGGACAGCGUUACAUCUUGCUGCAGAAAACGGGCACUCUGAAGUAGUAGAAGAACUUGUCAGUUCAGAAAAUAUCAAUGUUUCUGACAGUGAAGGAUUGACAGCUCUUCAUCUGGCUGCACGAGGAGGUCACACAAAAACAGUUGAGGUUCUUCUGAAGCAUGGGGCACACACUGACAAGCAAAGACUGACACGUCAGACCCUGCUACAGCUUGCUCAGCAGAGCAGUAAUAGCUCAGUUGCUGUGUUAAGUGAGACUUAAGCAAAAGGUACAGAACUGGCUACCUUUCUACCUGGUGCGAGAAGGCUGCCGGAGCUUGACCCUCCAGUUGUGCAGUGACCCGCUCAUCAGUGGUGUCAUCUGAUGGACUGAGGUACAGCCAGCAGAAGCUACUUGUGUUUGAGGGUGCGAGUGAGAGCACACAGGGACUAAGGCCAGCUGUAAGGCGAAGAGCUGGAGUCUGCCAUGCAGUGGCCUGUAUCAGUCAUUCUGCAUGUGCCUGCCUUGUCUGUAUAUUAACAUUCCCCUCCCAAAGGAUAUUGUGAUAGAAGGAUGCAACUUUGUGGGUUUCUCCCCUGCUUUUUUUUUUUUUUUGUGCCAAACUAAUUUAAGAACUAAGUCUGCUUUUUUAUUUUGCUAAAUAAAAAAAGUUGGCAUAGAUUCCUGGUUUACUGCAGUGAUCUGUAUUUUGGGCUGAAAGCCUCCAGUGUAAAAUAAACACAACACAACUCUGCUUGAAAUUAAUGCAAGAGAUGAGGAAAGGGAUAUUUAAGAUAUAGUUAAUCAUGUUUCAGUGUCAGAAGGUACUCUGUUUAAUGGAGAUUGAUUACAGCUUUCCAUGUACUCAAAAUUGAUGAGGCAGACUUACUAACAAGGCAGGAUCCCAAAAAUACAGUACCACCUUGUAUGUAUUACAAGAUCAGUAAGCUGAACAAAGUGUUUAGUGGUUUGUCUUAAAUGAAAAAGUCAAAAGCUAAAACUCAUACUGGACUGUAACUGGAUGGUAUAUUCUAACACCAUUAUACCAAUUUGUGAAACAAUGUUUGAGGGGGCUGAUGAUAGACUGAUAUACUGUGUAUAUAGUAUUUCUACCUGUUGUAUGCCUUUUUCUACUGAAGAAAAUAGAUUUCUUAGAGUGGGUAUGUUUUAAUACACCUUUUAAUUUCACUCUUUUCAAAGUUCAAAUGUGAUCUGUUAUUAA